UCGCGUUUUACUCGUUGCGAAUGUCAUGAGACUCGCUCGAUUGAUGUGGGGCUGACCCCGACGUUUCAAAGCCGGGCUGUUCUCAUCGCUUCAGCUGCAUAGACAGUCUGUUUUGUGGAAGAAAUUUCAAGAACCUAGUAAAACAGCAUGGGCCUGCUAGCGAGAGCUCAGUACACUGUUUACAGCAUAACCAGCUUUGUGAUCCUGUGCGUUGCCCUGUACUACAUCCUCUCGGGAAAAGGCUCGAGGCUAGAUUUCGGAUGGCUCUUGGAAGGAAUAUCGCCGUACAUGUGGUGCUGCCUCGGGAUUGGUCUGUCCAUCUCACUCUCGGUUGUUGGCGCAGCAAGUGGCAUUUUCACAACAGGCGUGAGCAUCGUGGGUGGGGGUGUGAAGGCCCCACGCAUUCGCACCAAGAACCUAGUCUCCAUCAUCUUUUGCGAAGCCGUCGCCAUCUAUGGCAUCAUCAUGGCCAUUGUUCUUCAGGGCCAGAUCAACAGAUUCAACGACGACACACUCGACUACAAACAGAAGGCACUCAACUACAUGUCGGGUUACAUAAUGUUUGGAGCAGGCCUGGUGGUUGGCCUGAGCAAUCUCUUCUGCGGGAUGUCUGUGGGCGUGGUGGGCUCGGGUGCUGCGCUUGCUGAUGCGGCUAACCCAGCACUCUUUGUCAAGCUUCUUAUUGUGGAGAUCUUUGCCAGUGCCAUUGGCUUGUUUGGCCUAAUUGUGGCCGUCAUCAUGUCUGCCAAAAUCAGCAUGGGUGACUCUUUGAAGGCCUAGUGUGGUACAACUCCAGAACAUUCCACCCCAAAGCUCGUCUUUAUCUACCCCUCUCAAGUGUGCUGGAAACCCAGCAGGAUCAUUGUGGACUUAUUGCAGCGAGGUCCGUCGCGACGGAUGCUCUUCAAGAAAUGAAACUGCCGGGAUUUUUUCGACAUAGUGUGGAUGUUCCCAUUUAACCAAGUCACUACUGUUUCUCAUCUGUACAGUACAGUUUGCUCAGUUCCCAACAUUACAACAAAAAAUGUCCCCCAUUGCUAUGCUUCUCUGCACCUGAAAGCUUUUCUUAAUAUUUAAACUUCAAUGAAAGUCACCAAGUUUAUGUACUUAUUACUUCAAACUGUGCAAUUUCUAUCCUAUUGCACUAAGUAGAUUUUAAAUUUCAGGUGCCAGUUUAGGAGUUAUACUUUGCCUAAAUAGAGAGAGUUACAAAAUAAAUUAGCACGUCAAAAUAAUCUGGAAUGAGUAUUAAGUGCAAGAAAACAAAGGCAGAUGUUCUAAGCCCAUUUCUACAAAAGUUGUGGUAUAUUGAAUACUUGUGACAGAGAUCCCUGCUUCAGGUAGGCUAAUUGGCGAAUGUUGGACAUGCCAUAGCUUUUUUUUGUUCAAGGGGGUUCGAACAUCAAUUAUUGUUUUUUGCCCUCGUACUCAUUUCAGGCCAUUGCGAUUUACUUAAUUACUUUCAGUUUAGGUAAACUAUGGCUCCCAAAAAGCAUAGAUACUUUAAAAACUACGUGUUAUACAACAAAAUUAAUUGCUCACAAAUACACAUAAACUUUUGUAUCAAUCGAUACAGAAUUGAGAAGAAAUCGAGACCCAUAUACCCACUUAACUGCAUGCAGUGUCCCUGUUGGGUGCCGUCAAGUAACACAUCAAGUAGUUUCACUGCAAUUUCCUGUGAAUUCUAGUCUUAUUGCCUUUAGCGCACAUCUCGGUUGGGAGUGUGGACCCUGAUGUGAAUCCUCGUUUCUGUGGUUAUUGGCGUUGUAUUGCUCUUGAGUUCCGAGAAGAAAAAAAAGUGACCUACUGUUGAAAAAAUGUACCAGAAAGUGAGUGCACCUCUAUUUCAUCAGUACUAUGCUUAUGCUUCAGUACGGAAAUGUUGUGAAUGUAUCGUUAAAGUGCGAAAUAUUUAUUUGUACAUAUGCAACAAUUGCCACGUUGCUCCUGUGUACAAAGAUAGUAAAAUAAAAAAUACAGUUGUCAAUACA